UGAAAAUGAAAUUUUGCUCAAAGGUGGUUUAUGACCUGUAGUGCGAUUCACUACUCUAUUUUAACAACACUUGUUAUCGUUAUAUCAACUAAACAAGAAUUUUAUCGAUUUUGCUAUUCAGAAAACGUUUCCUUAACAACACCGGCCUUCGAAAAAUCAGCUGUUAUCGUUUACGAUUCGGCUAUUGCUAAAUUGUCGACAUCUCAAUUGGAGUUGUCAAUUUUGUGUUAGCGUAAAUAUCUAAACAAAUAAAAGUAACUUAAUACGAAAAAAAGGAGUAAAUACAAAUUAGAGAUGGCUUUCGAAUUUGUAGCUUUAAGCUUGUCUCAAAACGAGCCAGAGACAAAUUUUUCAACGGUGGAUCGGCGUUUUCUGCGGGAUAUUGAUAAUCCCCUAGAACUCCCACCUUCAGAGUUCCGGAAGCUUUACCGUGUGCGUCCAGGCAUGGUGGCGGACGUGGUUGAACGGCUGGAAGACCUUUUAAAAGGUUCACGAAUUACAGCGAUAUCGGCUGAAAAACAGGUUCUGUGCGCUUUGCGAUUCUACGCCACGGGAUGUUAUCAACGGCCCGUGGGGGAACAAUGGGGAAUUUCACUGAGUCAGUCAUCAACCAGCCGCUGCAUACACAAGGUAACCGAAGCCAUCAAUAGCCGCUUAUUCUUGUCGGAAGUGAAGUUCCCCAUGACCCAAAUAGAACGUCAAGCUGCCAAGGAAGCGUUUUCCUUAGCUCCUGCGCCUUUUGUCGGAGGAACCAUCGGGGCGAUCGACUGCACCCACAUAUCCAUUUUGGGUCCUAAAAAUAAUGAGGAAGCAUACGUUAAUCAUCAUGGAUAUCACUCCAUAAAUGUGCAAAUGAUAUGUGACCCAAAUCUUAAAAUCCUGAACGUGAAUGCCAGGUAUCCGGGAGCAAGACAUGAUUCCUAUAUUUGGAGCUCUUCCGCUGUGCGACAAGUCAUGCAGCGAGCGUUUGAAAAUGGAAACCGCAAUAUGUUUUUGAUUGGGGAUUCUGGAUACCCAUUAGAGCCAUGGCUCCUUUACCCAACCAGCCAGAAGGGUCACCAAAAUUUCGGUACAAUGAAGCGCUCUGCAAGGCACGGAACCCGAUUGAGAGACUCUUUGGCGUCCUUAAAGGAACGUGGCGAUGCUUAUCACAACAAAGGGUUCUGUUGUAUGACCCCGCUUUCGCUGGUAAAGUCGUUAACGCGUGUGCAGCCCUUCAUAACAUUCGUUUAAGUGAGCGGUCAAUUAGCGAUCCUAUUGUAAAUUUUUCAACAGAUUUUGAGAAUUCUGACAGAAUUUUCGAAAGCCCAAAUGCAUCAUCUUCCACUGCAAAACGUGUACAAGAAAGAUUGAUUACAAACUUCUUUUCCUAAAAUUUGUAUGAUUACACUUCUAAGGGCCGUUUUCUGAAGUAACCUUUAACUUGAAAGCUCACUAUAUAUUUAAAGGUUGGAUUAAAAAUAAAGCUAUGUCUAAAGUUAAGCAUUUCUAUUAUCGGUUUUUGACGUAUGUAUGUUUCCUGGUUGUAAAUCAAUUUAAAACCGACAAAAAAAUGAUUUACUUUAGACACUAUCAUAAACUUUAAUGCAACCUUUAAAUAUAAAGUGAGCUUUAAAGUUACAGGCUACUUGAGAAAACGGCCAUAACAGUUCAAAAAAUUAAAGCUUAGAAUCAAAUAUUUAUAAGUACAUACUUUAUUAAAAAUGUAAAUAUCACACGGUAUUUUUGCCUUAAUGGUAUAUUAAAAUUAGUCACACUAGAUCAUAAGCUUUCUUCUUAUUUCUUAUGUUAAAUUUUCCCCUGAAUCCAA